AUGGCGGACAGCACGAACAAGAAGACCAAUGUCGAGCACGGCACCGAUGCUGUCAUGGCUGGCACCACGGAAGAGACGACCAACAGUGAGCUCGACGCCAACGCCACCACGUCAGACAGCACGAACGAGAAGACCAACGGCGAGCACUGCGACCGUGCCGCCGUGUUGGACAGCACGACGAGAGGCCUAAUAGGGAGCACGGUGACGAGCCCAACGACGGGCAUGACGCCCGUACCGUCACAGGUGCCUCCAACGGUGGGCAACGCGUAUGCUGUCAUGGCGGACAGCACGAACAAGAAGACCAAUGUCGAGCACGGCACCGAUGCUGUCAUGGCUGGCACCACGGAAGAGACGACCAACAGUGAGCUCGACGCCAACGCCACCACGUCAGACAGCACGAACGAGAAGACCAACGGCGAGCACUGCGACCGUGCCGCCGUACAGCACGGCGGCGAGACCAACGGCGAGAAUAACGCCCGUGCAGUCGCGACAGGCACAAAGGCGAACGGCGAGCUCGAUGCCAGCAUGCUGGCCUCAGCGGCGAGGAGACGGCAACGGUGA